AUGUCGAUAUCUCCUGUUGCACCCUUCGGCACAGAAUCAACAAUGUUCAUAAACAUCGUCUUUGAUAAGGUCAAGCGUUUGGAGGAAACCAUUCAGAAUGAACGCAGCAAUCGGGAUUCUGCUUUACACAGAGAAAGACAGAUGUGGGAAAGAGAGGUUCGCAUUCUGCGUGAGGCGUUAGCACCGUUUUAUCAAAGCGAGAAAGAAAUGCGUCGACGCAUCGUCGACAUUGAAGAUAGAGUUGAAGGCAACUAUGAUGAGCAUGUCCGCCUCAGAGAGCGCGUCGUUGCCGUCGACGACGCCACCAUGUCAAUGGAGAAGAGGGUGGAGGAACUCGAAGAUUUCCGCUUCAAGAGGCGACGUUUGGGUCGCAAUCACCCUCAAGACCAACCUUCGCAGAAUGGCUACGUCUCGUCCGACCCAGACAACUUCAGACGAGUCUCUUCCAGCGUCGAUGGAGGUUCGGUGCGCACGCCUUCAUCAAGGGCGUUGUCGCCCAAUGGGACUGCACAUGCUCCCGCGCCGGAGCCGGAAGAACCUCGUUCAAGUGGGAUCCUCAACCUUGUUGCUGAAAUGCCCCGUCCUGGACCGUUUGUCAACCUGCCCCAACGACUCUCACCGCCACAAGAGGAGCCUAGAUCAAGCGGCUUCUUGACAUUGGACAUGGGUGAGCGACUCAAGGAGAAGCCUGUUUCUGAGCAGCUAGCACAGAUCUCCAUCCAUCAGGCUGCUCGAAUUACUCCGCCCCAUGAUCGCCCAAGUCCUUCCAGCUCUGCAAAGUCCAUCCAGGAGGUCCCUUCCAAGGCUAUUCGAACCCCUCCCGAACUACUCCACACCAAAAUGCCAAUCAUUGAUGUGAUGGUGCUCCCCGGCAACAUCUCUCCAAGGAAGAGAAAGCAUCAUAUCGACCACAUCGCUCUGGAUGUGCUUGCCGAUGUCACUGUCGCCAGCCCACUCAUUCCCUGA